AUGACGAAUAUGGAUCAGAAGAAACAGGCCAUCAGACUAAGGGUUCACGGAGCUCUUUUCGAUGUUGAUGGCACCAUUAUUAUUUCUCAGCCGGCUAUUGCGGCGUUUUGGAGGGCAUUUGGUAAGGGUAAGCCAUACUUUGACGCGGAGCAUGUGAUCAAUGUGACACAUGGGUGGAGGACAUACGAUGCGAUUUGCAAGUUUGCGCCAGACUACGCGAGUGAGGAAUAUGUGUCAAAGCUGGAAGGUGAGAUUCCAGAGAAAUAUGGGCAUCAUUCGGUUGAGGUUCCAGGGGCUGUUAAGUUGUGUGCAGAGUUGAAUCUGUUACCCAAGGAGAAGUGGGCUGUGGGAACGUCGGGGACGUUUGCCAUGGCGCACAAGUGGUUUAAGGUAUUAGGAAUUAAGAGACCAUCUACGUUUAUCACGGCGAACGAUGUGAAACAAGGCAAGCCUCAUCCGGAGCCAUAUUUGAAGGGUCGGGAGCUGUUGGGAUAUCCUGUUAAUGAGGAGAGUCCAGCUCUUUCCAAGGUGGUUGUGUUUGAGGAUGCUCCAGCUGGUAUUGCAGCUGCGAAGGCUGCAGGGUGUAAGGUUAUUGGUAUUGCGACUACGUUUGACGUUGAAUACUUGAAAGAGAAGGGUUGUGAUAUUAUUGUCAAGAAUCAUGAGGGUUUGAAAGUUGGAGGUUAUAUUUCUGAGACGGAUGAGGUUGAAUUUAUAUUUGAGGACUACCUGUAUGCCAAGGAUGACUUGCUAGAGUGGUGA